AUGUCUAUUAUAGCUAAAAAUUAUUAGGAAAUUGUGGAAGAAAGUAGCUGUUUACAGAAGAAAACUAUUCGAAAGCCAAAAAGAAGAAAUUAAUAUACAGUGGAAUUUAAAUUUGGAUCAAAUAUUAAUACAGAAAAACUGAGAGACUAUUUGGAAGUAUAUUUCAAUAUUCCUCCCUAAAUAGCAGAAAAAUAAGUUAUAAGACUCUACUCAAAUAUUUAGUUUCCAAAUGAUUUCAAAUAUCAAGCUAAAUUAGGUAGUUUGUCAGUUGAUCCUCAUUCAUAUAACUAUAAGGUAAUUAGAAUUGAUAAGAAAAAUAAUUUGACUAUAUUCACUCUAGAAACAAUUGAUAAUCCAUUUACACCUUUUGAAUAAUUCUUUUAAAAAAUUUAAUCAUGUAAUCCUAGACUAGCAUAAAGCUUUUCUGCUUUUAAUACAAGGAAUUUAGAUAUAAAUACUUAUAAGUAAACGAAAGAAAAAAUAAUAGAAGAUUUCGAAUUAUAGUUGGAUUAGCCAUUCACUUGUUAUUUGUAUAAAUUAAAAAACGGUGUAUGCACUACAAUUUAAAGAGUUAUCAAUGACAAAUUUAUGGAUUUAUUAGGAAUAAGUUAUUUAAUGUUAGAGGAUCAUGUACUAUCAACAAGCAUAUUACCCUUUUCAACUUAUAUAGAUCCUUAUGAUGAUGUUUCAGAGAUUCUUUCUGGAUUAUUUGAAGGGAAUUUGAAAUAAGAUAUAAGAACAAGGGAAGUCAUGAAUUAUAAUGGUUAGAUAUUUCAUUCUCGAGUUUAGAAUAAAAGCUUUUUUACUUAUAAUGAAGAACAGAAUGCUUAUUAUGAAUAUGCUUAUUAUAUAUAUGAUUGUGAUCCAAGAUGGUUAACAAAAUAGAGAGUAAUGAGAAAUUAAGAAGAAUAUUUCAAUGAAAAAUGGUUUAAUUAAGAUAAGUUAAGAACAAGAUUAAUAUCGGAAGAUUCUUAAUAAAUUUUGUGCAAUAGAAACUGCAGAUUCAAGUAAUUAAAUUUUUGA